AUCUUGGGCAUGCUGUGUAGUUCCAUUAGGAAGUUUGUCAUCAUUUCAAAUUGCAGCAAAUGAUCGUAAUGAGUUGCUUCCAGGAAUCUGGGAAGUAUUCUUUUAGCAUGCCAAACGAAUGGAACUUUUCUUUCGAUUACCUCUAUGGAGCGAUGCUUAUUCUUGCAUUCUACGUGCCAGGAAGUCCACAUAUGUACCGCUCGAUGCUUAUUCUUGCAUUCUACGUGCCAGGAAGUCCACAUAUGUACCGCUGCAUGCUUGUUCAGAGGUCAAAAGCUCUCUCAAAAUCCAAAAAAGAGUACAAAAAAAAGAAGGUUAAUGUUAUUCUCCCAUUCAGUUCGUCUUAA